GCGUCGUGGGCGUGAGCGAUGUUUGGCGUAUGAAACACUCGGUCUUCCGGUGCGUGUCAUUUUUGAAAGCUGUGUUGGUUGUAUCGGCUGGCUGUGCUGUGUCGAAGAACGGUCGCUGGAGUCGCGCAUUUGACGUAGUAUGAGCCACUCCGAUGAUACGGCAUCGGGGAUCAAGUCCACGGCGACGUCAAGCCGAGUAGACUCGAGUGCAGUGUCAACUUCAUCUCCUCACGGCCGCCUGUCACAUUUCAUCGACGACUCUUGUCUAAAAAACGUUGCUCUUGAAGACGAUGUUAGCACAGCUGAGGAAACGAGGGCCCUUCGUAGCCAUUCACCAGCAACUAUGGACACUACACAGGAUGAAACACUGCACAAGAACGUCGUGCUACUUUUUGACAAGUCUUAUCCCUUCACCAUCGUAGGCGCGCUAAGGAUCGCCAUUCUGUUUCUGUCUCUGCUGAGUCUCAUAUGCGUAGCAAGUGCGGGAACCAAGGAUUAUGACGUCCUGCAGCUGCCACGGUCUGAACGUGUUCGCCUACACCUGUUUGUGUGUGUGCUGGCAUUUCUGCUAACAGCUGCUCUGAUGGUAGUGGACAACUCCUCCGUAGUCCACAUCCUGCCCCUAAAUUGGGCCCUCAUCGACACAGUGCUGUGGGGAGUAGUGGCCCUUCUGUUUCUGGUCUCAUCCUCGCUACUGAUACACAGCAAGGUGCUUUACCAACGGACUUACUUUACAAUUGUUGACUGGACCUGCAGCCUUUUCGUUGUCUCUGGGAUAUUUGGUCUGGGCUGUGUAUGCUCCUGCUUUGCUCUGGGAGUUCUGCGCUUUGUUCGACCCAAGGCCCCUCUUCAAUGCCUGUCCCCAGCAAUUGCCAGUCGGGACAUUAUGAUGUCGCCCAUAACCAUCAGUUGAUGCCACUGCAACAUCACAUUCAUUGUGCAGUCUUACAUUCUUCUCGUGGGUGUGUGUCUGCUUCAUAUUUGCAUUUACCCUUGCUGUUCAUGUUUCUAUGGCUCCCUUGCAAAUAUGGUUAUUUUGAGUGACUUUGGCUUUUGUAGUAGAAAGGAGCUAUGUUUAAAACAAAGCUUUCUUGGGGACAAUUUUGACAUUGUUGUAUAAAAAUACCAUUUGGAUGCAGUGUCAUUAACUUAUAAGCUACAGAAAAAAAAAAGAAGAAGAAGAAGAAAGAUAACUUCCUGCCCUCCCACCACCAACAAACAGGGAACUUGUGUUGGGGCAUGUAAAUACCUACAACAGAGUUUGUUUCAUUUCUAGUCAUGUUUUACAAUGUCUUUUCUUGAGGCCAUGAAGUAUGGGGCAGCAUGGAUUACAGCAUGCCAAUGUGACUGAGGAGCACCACAAAUGUGACCAUCUUCCCUCCUUUGACAGUUAUACUGGAAAACAAAAAAGUAUACUGUGUGUCUAACUCCCUCCCUAGUUUAUAUGUCUGUUAUAUAAAAAAAAAGAGGAUGGGGUUGGGGUGCCCUAAUAUGUGUUAAUGUAUUUUCAUUUGUUGUUUUUAAGUGCCAUUGAGUCACUGGUGAUUCUUGGUGACACUAUUAGUGUAUGGAUACCAGUCAGACCUAUUUGAUACAAAUUUUUUAAGCUCACUUGGAUAUUUCCCUGGGGCCUCCAGAAUACCAUACGAACAUCCUGUGCGUGCUCAGCCUCGUUUUCUCUAACCUUCCACUCUAGUUACUGUUAUAACUCUGAUGAAAUUUAUUGGUCGAGCAUGUAUUACUUGUUUUAGCUGCUGGCUUAGAUUAACAGAGAGCUGAGCUAGUUGGCAAGUAUUCAUUCUAAAAGACAGGGCGGGCAAACAUGGACACAAGAAAGAAGUCGCAACACCACAAACGCCGGCAUUUGUGUUGUCCUCUUUCUUGUGUGCGUGUUUGCCCGCCCUGUCUUUUAGAAUGAGAGCUGUUGGUCCUCAUUCCUACAUUUGCCAGUGAAGUUGCGUGUCUACUCCUACCGACACUGAGUAAAUUCUCAGUUACAUUUCGCACCUUCACAUCUAAAAAGUACCUUUAAAAUUGCUAAAUGUAUUUUUGUGACCAAGGCUUAAAAGAUUUUUCUGUUAGCUUGUUGAAGGAACACUACAGGAAAUUAUUGAGUUGUGCUAGGUGGUAAAGGUUUUGGAACACCUGAUAAGUGACUUGGAAAACGAAUCUUUGUGAACCUUUGCGGGGUUUCAUGUCUGCAGCUGCUGCUGCUGUCUCGCCGAAUAGGCCACACUUAAAAAUAAACUGCACCUUGGUGGCUAAUUGAGGAGUCACACCUCUGCGCUCCAACACAGCAGCCCGAUGCUGUGCUGGAGGACAGAGGUCGUCACUACACAUAUAUUUCUCUCGUGCCAAACACCAGCUAUAUUUCCUACCUCAAUGCUCUUCAUUAUAGUGAUUGGGAUGGUGGCAUCACCUAGAAGUGUAGUGAAGUACUGCAUCACGAGUGCUAAUGAUUGCUGAUAAUGAGCGCUGCUGCAGUCAAGAAAUCGAGCUUAAAUGCACCAGGUUCAUGUCAUGUUGUGCACACAGAGCAUGAGGUUAAAGAGGAAAAUAAAAAGGAGUUUCUAUCUGUCUGUAGAUUCAAACAGUGACCAUUGGAUCUGCUCUGCUUCAAUCUUUUAUUAAGAGCAAACCUUGGCAUGUCCGAUAAAAGCUUAAACUGACAUGUGCAUAUUGGGAGCCAGCACUAUGUUUAAAAUUUUACUCGUGUGCCCUGGGUCAUUAGUGUCUAUCAGCAGUGCUCAAAAAAACAUAAAUUUCAACUUCAUGCACAAAAAAACUUCAGUGGUAACAAAUACCAUAAAUAUGUAACAUAACACUGACUGAUCAACCCUGCAGCGUUUUGGAAAUUUUGAAAUGAUGAUUUGGCUUUUUUUUUAGUUAAUGUGCGAGUUUUCCACAAGGUACUGCAUAACUUCAGAAAUUUCAGCCUGGUGCCACUGCACACAUGAUAACCUCAUGUAAUGAAGAGUUUGAUGUCAGGUAACAUGAUUAAGUUGCAGUCAUUGACCAAGUCAAGUUAAAAAAGCAUGCAGAGUACAAUAUCUAGUUCAAGAGUUCUGGUAACAUGAUUAUGAAGAAGUAGUGGUCACUGACCCAGUAAAGGUGAAAAACAUGCAUACUGCAUGUUUUUCAUGUUUACUCAUGUGUUACAGUGAGCAUGUAAAGUUAUUUACCAGUUCAUCACGAUAGCCUCAUCUCUAUUGAGGUCAUUCAUCCCAGUGGCCCCAUUCAUCAUCUUGUGGACCAAAGCAGAGGCCCAAGCAAAUAUUCCUCAAUGCUAGCAUUACAACCUCUCCUCGCAGGAGUUCGCUAGCUUAUCAGAAGAAUCAAAGCCAUGCAAUUAUUGAAAUUGAAAAGAACUCUGAAGA